AUGUCAAUGCAAGAAUUCUCGGACAAUUUGUCCACCUUGUCGUACAUGUCGCGACAUCGUAUUCCAUCUUGGUUAUAUGAUUCGAAGAGUAAGGCACUCUUUGGCCGUACUGGAAAGAGCUGGGUUCUGUGUCUUUUGUUCUACGCCACUUAUUAUGCUUGUCUGGCAGCGUUUUUCACUGGUUUGCUGUGGCUCGUUUUGUAUUUCAACGUUCCGGAAGAUCAUCCUGCCCGCACAGGAAAGCAAAGUUUACUGGAUUUCAAACCUGGUUUGGGUCUCCGCCCAACUGUAGAAGUUCAGAAGUCAAUGAUUAAAUUUUCUACGGGUGAUCCUCAGACCUAUUUCCCUCAUGUGGAUAAUAUAGAUGCUUUUUUGCAAACGUAUAAAGACGUAAAUGCAAAACCUGAUAGUCAGUUUGCAAGUUGUAAAGGCAAAGAUGCCGAUACAAAAGAUGUUGACAAAGUUUGCAAAUUUUCUCUCGAGAACUUAGGACCCUGCAACAAUAAAAAUAGCUAUGGUUACAGUAAAGGGACACCGUGCGUUUUGCUUAAAUUAAAUAAAGUAAGAUAUUUAAUUCAUAUGUGA